UUACAAAACAAAAAAUAUGUACAACGUCCCUCAUACGAUUGACAAAUUAAAGUUAAAAUUGGCAAUUUACUGAGGAAAAAUGAAUUUGAAGGCGGAAUUUUUGCUCUGUUUCGUGCUGGGCGCAGUGGCUGGCAGCUGGGGCUUCCUCGAGCAUGACAGUUGGGUUACAGUGGAGCUCCAACAUUCGCUGGUUGCCAACUCUGACAUAUUUUCUUUCCGCGGAAAUGUGACAAUUCCCAGCCUGAACUCCGGAUUGGCCAAUGUGGAGCAACCAACUUUAAGUAACUCCGAUCUGGACUUGCUAAAGAAACUGGCCCUAAACAAUGAGUUUUACCGCUUAAGGGCUACGGUGGUCUACUCAAACGGCGCCAAGUCGCAGUUCAUUACCUCCAACAAAGCCUGUCGUCUGCUGCAAGCGCAACUAAAUGACGUGCUGUGGGUGUCGCUCGAUCCCUCCGGAUUCGUUACCGGCAUUACCGUCGCUCAGGACACGGUUCCCGCCGCCGUUGAGUGCACCCAGGAGGAUGUUGAUAAGCUGGUUGAAUCCCAAUUCAGCACCGACGUCCUGAUCCGCCACGCGGAACUGGCUCCCGUGCCGGAUACCGCUGGCUUCAUUCAGAAGGUGGAGCGCGAGCGGGAGGCCAGGGAGCGUGGCGAAGUUCGCGAUAACCGUGGUUUCUUUGCCAAAUACUGGAUGUACAUCGUUCCGGUGGUCCUGUUGGUGUUCAUUUCGGGGGCCACCAACCAAGACGGUGCCAAAUAAGUUUUCCUGUAUUAAUUUGGUGCACACUUUUGUUUGUUAGCAUUUCUUAAUCACAAUUCCUAGGAAAUUCUGGAUUUACUAAGUCAAGUCAUAGCAAUUAAAAAUGUAUGUAAAUUAAAUAAAUUGAUUAAACAUAUUAAAACAAAAAA